AGCAAUGAGGAACUGAGUAGAUGUUUGUUCCUCCCAGGAUGUUCUCAGCUCCCAGGAUGUUUCUUGUCCUGGAGAAUCACAGACACGGGAUCGUUGAGGUCUCAGUGUGACCGGAGGCCAAAAUGCAGUUAUGUCUCGGAAUUCCAUAGCUGGGUAUGCAGGAGAAUUAGGCUAACCAAAAUGAUUUUUCCCUAAAAUUAUGUAGCUUUGCUCCCGACAUCUAGGAAGAGGGGAAAAGAAAUUCCCACCUGAGGCAACAGCACAGGAGAGGGAGAAUGGUGUACAGGGUGUGGAGAUCUCUGAGGAAGAGUCAGCGCUUUGGAAUGGCUGGGUCCACACCUCAGUUUUUCUCUUAUUGUUAGGUAAUAGAUGGAUGUUUGUCAGUUUUUGUGGGGCAAUGGCUGGAUUUGGAGCUAGAGAAGGAGGCAGGGUCAGAUCACGAGUCUGGACUGGGAAGAUGGGCCAUUUGUAACUGUUCUUGAGGACACUGGGCAGCUACGGAAGGUGCUUAAGGAAUGGAGAAUCACAGGGAGAGUGUGGUGUUCUGGUGGCCGGUACAGAGGACACCAGGGGGAGGCCACACUGCAGGGUGUAGUAGUGGGUCAGGGGAGGCAGCCUGGAGUUAGGGUGGGCUGAGGGGAUGAGCAGAAGUGGGGAGAAGAAUGGAGAUGGGGUGACUGAUAACAUUUCAGGAGAGCAGGCCUGGAGGCUGAGGACUGAAUUAGGCAUGGGCAACUGUUGGUUCACAAUGUCCAAAUGACAGGGACUGGCUGCACUUUUUGGGAGGAAGCCUGGCCAGGUGUGGUAGGCACCGCUGGGGCAGUGCACAAGGGAGCCAUGUGAGUCCUCCCCACCCGGAGCCUCCAGUGCAAGGGACUUCCCUGAGGGAGGAAACGCCCAGGCACCAACAUCCCAGCCCUUCGGGGCUUGUUAGUGGCUGGGGGCCCCCGGGACAGCAGCUCCUGGGAUCCGGGGAUAUCAGGAGCCUGGCGCUCAGCCCCUCCCUUCCCAGGCAGAAAGCAAUGCUGGUGGGGACAGCUGGAGCCUCCCUGGGCCAUGGCUCCUGAGAAGCUGUGGGGAAAUGGGACGUGGCUGGUGACAGAAUUUGUGCUGGUUGGAUUCUCCAACCUCCCACACCUGAGGACCACGCUCUUCACAUUGUUCCUCCUCACCUACCUGGUCACCCUCAGUGGCAAUGUCACCAUCAUCACCAUCAUCCAUGUGGAUCGGACCCUGCACACGCCCAUGUACCGCUUCCUGGCAGUGCUGUCCCUCUCUGAGACCUGCUACACGCUGGUCACCAUCCCCAGUAUGCUGGCUCAUCUGCUGAUGGAGAGCCAGGCCAUCUCCAUCCCUGCAUGUCGGGCUCAGAUGUUCUUUUUCCUGGGCUUGGGAUGCAGUCACUGCUUCCUCCUUACCCUGAUGGGUUAUGACCGGUACGUGGCCAUCUGUCAUCCCCUGAGAUACUCGAUGAUCAUGAGACCCACUGUCUGCCUCUGCCUGGGAGCCUUGGUUUUCUGCUCUGGGUUCUCAGUGGCCUCGAUUGAGACCUGCAUGAUCUUCUCCUCUCCCUUCUGCCGUGGGGCCCGCGUGGAGCACUUCUUCUGUGACAUCGCCCCAGUGCUGAAGCUCAGCUGCACCCAGGGUGCACGCAAAGCACUGGGCAUCUUUUUCCUGAGUGUCCUCGUGGUGCUGGUCUCCUUCCUCCUCAUCCUGCUGUCCUACACCUUCAUCGUGGCUACCAUUGUGAAGAUGCCCUCAGCCACCGGCCGCCACAAAGCCUUCUCCACCUGUGCGGCCCACCUCACCGUGGUCAUUGUGCAUUUUGGCUGCGCUGCCAUCAUCUACUUGCGUCCGGACUCUGGGGCCAACCCCGAGCAGGACCGCCUGGUGGCCGUGUUCUACACAGUGGUGACUCCACUGCUGAACCCUGUGGUGUACACGCUGCGCAACAAGGAGGUGAGGGUGGCCCUCAGGAGGACCCUGGCCCGUGGCUGUGGGGCUUUGCAAUAAGGACUCACUGUCCCUCAUUCAUGGCACACUAGAUUUUCAUUAACACCUGCCUCCUCUGAGACUUAGUUUCCCCACCUAGAUAACAGGAGUGCAUCUCAUACCAAGUGAAAUGGAUUGUCUAAUGGUGCCUGAGAGUAGCAUAAACUCAAUAAAGCAUGUCUUUUCCCUCUA